AUGCCAAAGAAGAAACAAUUUAGACCAAAGGUCUCAAAGAAGUUGAGCAAGAAGUAUACUACACAUAGGUUAUACUACAGUGAUAAUUCAUCAACAUUCAAUGCAUUGGACCCAAGGAAGAAGACACAAGAGAAGCAGGAUAAGCUUCUCGAGAUGUCAAAUCAGUAUCAUAGAAAGUCAGAGAAUAGAGAGAAACAACAAGAGAAGGCACAGAGAGAUGAGAUCAUCAAGUCGUUGAAAGAGGAGGCUGGUGACAUUGAUAUCAAAGACAGCGAGAACUACUCUGAUCUCUAUGAAGUGGGUCCAUCUGCACACGAUCUCCUGCUCUCAACAUUCAAGAAGAGUAAGACUGCUACUGGCAAUGGCGUUGGCAAUGGUCGUGGUCGCGGUGGUGCAUCAGGAUCAUCAAGUACCGCUCACACAUCAAACGGCAAUGGCAAGAGAAAGAUCAUCGAUGACGAGGAUGAGGAUGAGGAAGAUGAGGAGGAAGAAGAAGAUGCUCAACCAGAUGAAGAACAAGACAACAACAAUGAUAUUGAAAUCGAGAUUGAGGAUGAAGACCAAGACCAAGUCGAGCACGAGGAUGAUGACGAGGACCAAGACGUGGAUGAAGAUGACUUUGAGUUGGAUGAUGAAGAGGCCGAGGAUGAUCAAGACGAUGAAGAAGAUGAUGAUAACGAAGAUGGUGCAGAGGGAGAGGAUGAAGAGGAGCAACAGGAGACAGGAGAGUUUGACGACGUAUAUGGCACUAAUCAGGAAGUGGUGGAAGAGGAUGAUGAGGAAGAUGAUGGCAAGGAAGAUGGAGAUAAUAGGACAAAGUUAAGUGAUGAUUACUCUGCUCAUUUCAAUCAAGAUGUAUCGACGUGGAAUCAACUUGAGGAGAUUAUCGAGGCUGGAAAGGCACUGAAAUCAACAUCAAUAGAGGUUGAAAACUUUGGCGUGGUCACCUCCAACAAAUGUCCACCAAGCACCGGCACCGCCAUCACUUCGACCAAGAAGGCCAAGGCACCAGCCGUCUCAUCACUUCCAAUCCAGAAGGAUACUUUUUAUGAGUACCAUAUCAAACACCGUCUACUUAAGGCAUGGGCAAAGACAAAGAAGACCAAGGAGAAUGAGUUAUUCUUUACGCCAAUCCAGAAGCAACUAUUCCCAAUAAUGAAUGAGUAUAGAGAUCUAUUAUUCUCGGAGGAGAAUCACAAGAAUCACAAGAGUAUAUACCAACUCUAUACUCUACAUGCCAUGAACCAUGUCCUAAAGUCAAGAGAUCAACUUACACAAGAUAAUGGAAUCACCAAGAGAGCUGAGGCCAAUGGCGAGGUCAUCCCGGAUAUGAGACAUCAAGGAUUCACCAAGCCCAAGGUAUUGAUCAUUGUUCCAUUUAGGAAUACAGCAUUGGACAUUAUGAAGUUGAUGCUCAAGUUGGUGCCACACGAGACACAUCAACAGGUGGAGAAGAAGACUACUCUCAUUGAGGAGUUUACUCAUGCCGAGCGUCAACUAUCAGCAGACAAACCUGCAGACUUUAGACAUGUCUUUAGAGACAACAUCGACGACUGCUUCAGAGUUGGUAUCGGCUUCAACAAAAAUGGCAUGAAGCUAUUCUGUCCAUUCUUCUUCUCAGACAUCAUUAUUGCAUCCCCACUCGGUCUGAGACUUGUCGUUGGAACUGAGGGUGAUGCACAACGUGACAAUGACUUCUUGUCAUCGAUUGAGAUGGUGAUUGUGGAUCAAGUCGAGACGAUAUUGCAACAGAACUGGGAUCACAUGAAUAUUAUAUUCGAUAACCUUAAUCUCAUUCCAAAGAAGAAUCACAACACAGACUUCUCAAGAAUAAGGAUGGCAACUUUGGAGGGCUGGAGCAAGCAUUUCCGCCAGACACUGAUGUUCAGCAAUUUCCUGACACCAGAGGUCAACUCAUUGUUCAACAGGCACUGCACCAACAUCCGUGGCAACAUUCGUGUGCGACGUAUCAAGGAUGGCGAGAUUGCCAACAUCAUACCAUCGUUGAUGCAAACCUUCCACAAGGUGCCCAUACUCAAGGAGCACAAUGGCCAGGACGUUGACGCGCGCUUCGACUACCUGAUCGAGACCAUCUUGCUCAAGUUCUCCAACCAGGUCAGCGAGACCAAGAAUGUGCUGAUAUACAUCCCCAACUAUUUUGAGUACAUCAAGAUUAGGAAUUACUUCAAGAAGGAGGCCAAGUCAUUUGUGAUGUGCUGUGAGUACACUGCGCCCGCUGUCGUCACAAGAUCCCGCGCCAAGUUCAGAUACGGUGACCGCACAUACAUGUUGAUCACGGAGCGAUUCCAUUUCUUCAACAGAUAUCAGCUGCGUGGAGUGAAGCAUGUUGUGUUCUUUGGUCUGCCCAAUUUUGCCUCCUACUACUCAGAGAUCUUAAACAUGGUGUCGGAGAAUGAAGGCACUGUGAUGGCAUUGUACACACAACGUGAUCGCAUGGCAUUGGAACGCAUUGUUGGAAGCAUCCGAGCAACCAAGAUGUUAGAGAGCGACAAGUCCACUCAUUUGUUUUGUUAA